ACACCUCACACUGCGCCCCACCGACCCCACCGCCCUUCUUUAUCACGGCAACGCUGACACGUGUCAAACCCCUCUCCCUGUUCCCCGGCUCACGACACUCUUAAGCCCUUAUGUUCUCCACGUGCCACACACGUGCCACCACCUCACUCUUACUCUCCACUCCACCGCUUUGUCCAUCACUUCCACUAAUACAUUGACACCUGUACCUUGUGGGCCCCGUUCCCGAUGUUGUGUACUUAUGCGUCACUGUAGUCCGUUGCCUAGCUUUUUUUCACACGUGGCUCGACACGACAACACCCUCCCCCUUCCCACUCAUUUAUUUAUGCGAAAAACCCCCUCAUUUAUUCUAAAAAAAAGCGGAAAAUAUGAUGGCAGGCGCCGCUGGCCAGAAACCGUACGGCAGUGCUUCUGUAGGGCUGACGUCAUCGUCACAUGAGACCCCCUGCGACACGUCAAAUCAAGCGGCGGCUCUUCCCACCCUCUCUCUCUUUCGGUCUUUUAAAUCCUCUGCCUCUUCUCCACUUCGCUCAUCUUCAUCCCUCGUCGGAAGCUCAGCGGCAAUGGCGGGUCACUACCGAGGCGUGAGGAAGCGGCCGUGGGGGCGUUACGCGGCGGAGAUACGCGAUCCGUGGAAGAAGACUCGGGUGUGGCUUGGCACGUUUGAUAGUCCGGAGGAGGCGGCGCUUGCUUACGACCAUGCCGCUCGUGCUUUGCGUGGAACCAAGGCGAAGACUAACUUCCCCCAUCCUCGCUCUCCUUCUCUUUCUCUUGAUCUUAACCUCCCUGGCCAUCAUCUCUUCCCGAUUCCUCCUCCUCCUCCUCCUCCUCCGCCUCCACCGCCGACUUCUCUUCUUCUCGGUGGGUUCCUUCAUUACGAUCCUCCGGGGAGCUCUACCAUUUUCUCUCCGCCGAUGGAGCAAGUUGUUCCUAGAAAGGCCUUGCCUUUUGAUCUCAAUGAGCCUCCACCAUUGCACUGAUGCUGAUGAUCUUUCUUUUUGUUAUUCUUCU